AAUUCGCUCCAAGCGAGGACCCGUUCGAAUUUCACAACAAUUUACAAGGUCUCGGAUGCAAAAGCUCCCGAUCCCUCUAGAAUCUACAUCAAUAGGAUCACCGAGGAACCGACCUGCCGGCGAAGCGGGAGGGAGGCGAUGGCGGCGGCGGCGCUGCUGAAGUCGCUGCGGAGCGAGGCCGUCUCCAGCGGCCCCAGGCUCAGGCACCUCCCGUCGCUCAGGAGGACCUUCUCGCUGUACGACCAGAUCAACCUCAUCGACAGCGUCCCCGAAGACCAGCUACGUUUCCAAACGUAUGAUGACACUGGAUUCAAGAUUAACAACAUAAAGUACGAAGGCAGCUUGCUGAUAGUAGAAAACAGGAUCAUGACAUGGGCACCCAAAACUUUUGCGGAGAUAACUGCUGAAAGUUUAUCGAUCUUCAAAGUUGUGCACCCUAUCGCAGAGAUCUUGAUUCUUGGUUGUGGAAGACACAUUCAGCCGGUCAGUCCCGAGCUGCGGAAGUUCAUUCGGUCAACUGGAAUGAAACUGGAAGCAGUCGAUUCGAGGAACGCGGUUUCGACCUAUAAUAUUCUGAAUGAAGAGGGCAGACCGGUGGCAGCUGCGGUUCUUCCACACGGAGUCACUUGUUAAUGUUUUACUACCUUGUAGGCAGUGAUCAUGAGUUUUAUCUUUUUUCGAAUCGAUACCAGAAUGAGCUGAAAUGUCGUGUGUAUGUGCGGAAAAUCUGUUACAUCGACAAUAUUGUCUAGGAAACGCCACCUUGGUUUCGUCAGUCGCAUGUUCGCUUGCUGUAAUCGCGGGCAAACAAAAGAUUCACACAUCUAGUAUACACCAAAAUAGGGAUGGUGCCUGUCGUUUUUC